AACUAAAAUUGGGUUAUGAGGUUUUGGUAGGUAGGGGGUUACCUACCUAGGCAGGAAAGGGGUUUGCGACGGAUAUGUAGGAAAAUGGGCUUCAAGGCGGCUUGGGAAUAUGAGAUAAUUAUAAUGUUUUUUAGGACAUUACCUACAAUUGGUGUUAGUAGCUGAGUUAGGUCAAUAGGGGGGUAGAUGGGGGGUGAGCCGAGAUCAGAUUUGGGGGCCAAAAGAUGAGCAUCCGCAACAGACGCUUAAUGGAAAUAUUACACUCCUUCCCCAAUGCCCAUUCUUCGAGUAUACAACUCUUUCUUACCUAGGUACAUAUCCAAGUACUACUCACCGGCUUCUAGGACAUCUAUCUACGAAUUCACCAGUGUUCCGAUGAGCAAACCUACCACUACUGCAGACUGGGAAGCUUGGUCGCGAGCCCAAAAUAUAAAGGGAUGCCCAAACACCUGUUGGGCUCGCAGCCUCCCCUUACCCACUGCGCAGAACAAACCAACAGCAUCAAAAAGCCACACAAACAUAUCAGUCGACACAAGCACACGAAAGGCAUUGGCAGCCAGGUUCUACCAGCCCAUCAAGCCAUGGCAGACGCGCAUUCUUCGCCUCAAUCCCGCACCUCGCCGCCAUGAGCCGGUCGUCUGCACACUUUUAGUUGCUGAUGUCAUCGCGCACGAAGGUCUCGGAGUCGUUGAAAAAGACGUUCCGAGGGAAGUCCCCUACGAAGCGCUGUCGUACACAUGGGGUGCGGAAAUCUUCUCCUGUCCCAUCAUCGUCAACGGCGUCGAGUUCUUCGUGACAGAGAACCUCGAUGCCGCUUUACGGCAUCUGCGGCUAACGGACAGCGGAAGUGGUGGUGGUGGUAAGCGGUACCUGUGGGUAGACGCGCUGUGUAUCAACCAGUUCGACAUGCAGGAGAAGUCGAUCCAGGUUUCGCGGAUGAGCACGAUAUACAAGAAGGCGCGCAGGGUGGUAGCGUGGCACUCGGGCUGGACGCCCCAGAACAGCACCAUUCUCUCUGGUGUACUGGAUAACAUGGCGAAGCCCCAGAAACACAGUGACGACUGUACCGCACGCUUCAAGGGCAUCGCCGCGUUCCUCGCAGACGCUUGCGAGCCGCCGCUCUUCAAACGCACCUGGGUCCGGCAAGAGGUGUUCGGGGCCAGGGCGAUGGUCAUGCAGUUUAAUGACCUCGAGAUAUACUGGGAAGAUUAUGAGCGCAUCAAGAACUUUCUCGCGCCGGUUGUGUCUUCAGCUGUGAGCGAUGGCUCUACAUUCCCGGAUUUUACGAAUGCUCUCUAUCUAAAGUCCCCGUUCAAGGCGAUCAUGAUGCUAGUCCAGCCCGAUUAUCAGACCGACCACAAGGCGCGCAACGAGCGCAACCUAGCGGCGGUAGCUGCCCCUGUCUCACUCCUCGACGCCUUGGUGUUUUCUUCGUCCUUCGGGGUGUCUGAUCCCCGGGAUCUGGUCUACGGGGUACUUGGGUUUACCACGGUGGCCGUUUCACAAGGAAAAGUGGACUUGCAUCAGCCGACGUUAAACGUGGAUUAUCAUCGCUCUGUGUCCGAGGUUUACCAAGACGUCGUAAGAUAUGAAAUUGAGCGAUCGGGUUCUUUGGGAAUUCUGGACUUUGCAGGAUCUCAUCAUCCAGCGUCGUCGGAUCUUCCAUCGUGGACCCCUGACUGGAGGACGUAUGACCCGAAGUUAGCACAGCAUCGCAUUCUGAAUAGAACAAACUCGUGGAAGUAUGGUUUUAUCGAUGUCCGAAAGAUAGGGGUAUCAUGGAAACCGAUCAGACAGCCUCCAGACUCUAAAGGGAUCUUGUUAGCUCGAGGCAUCGUCCUCGGCAUAGUCCACGAUAAAAUAGAUAAACCUGGCCUUUGGAUCCCAUUUGUAUCUCCGGGUUUCGACACCGGCUUCAAAGAGAGAUUUGGAGGCCGCAGCUUCGACGACACAGAUCUCUUCCGAGACGUGAGGAGAGAUUACAAGUCCAUGUUCUACAACACGUUCAAAGACGGGAAUCUGCCUCUUCGUGACGGAAAAGUUAUGGGAGUGGACGUAAGAAAAGCCACUACAAGGCUUAUGACCCUUGCGCAGGUCGUGAUGCUGGACCAAAUCAGAGCAGAAGUUCGAAACCGGGUCCUCGCGUCGACAGAACCAAUUCGAAAAAACCACAUUAUAGGGCUUGCACCAUCCGGCGUGUCGAUCGCACCCAAACGUUGUCUACCUGGUGAUGCCAUCGUCUUAUUUGAAGGCUCCCCGUGUCCGUUCGUUUUGAGAGGAUCUGGCCAGGGACAGCACAUUCUCAUAGGGAGAGCAAUAUUCCCUCUCUGGUUUGAGCAUAAGUCCACGUCCUUUGAUGAGUCCAGGAGAGACGAGAGGACCUGGUCUAGCAACAACGCCGUCUACACGGAGACAUCGGAUGUUCUAGAGAGCAGGUUCUUAUGGCCCGAGAAGAUGGCUUCUAUAUGGAAACCAGUCUUACAGGAUGCUGAAUUCCGGGGUGCACUAGAGGAUUUCCGACUAGUAUGAAUGCUACCCCAACCAGGUAGGUAAAAGCAUUCUGACUAGUGAGAGUCCUCGCCAAUAAUCUCCAACUUCGUAAUGCCAAGGAAACAAGCUCUGAGCAAAGCCAUCCGUGGUGACUUCAACCUACGCCAUGCCUUAUGUAAAUGUCUCUUUACAAAUAUCGAACCAAAGUCACCUAUCAAAGUCAAAGUUAAUAUGUCCUACCAUUUUCAGCUCAGCUAGCUACUAGGCAGCUAUCCCGAUAUCGGAAAAAUCAUCACGUCAAAGAACCUUAUAAAGCCGACCCGGAAGAUCACUCGUUGAAUUCCAAAGACCGAUUGAAAUUAUCUCC